AUGAAGCUCCUAACCCUUGCCUUUACCGCUCUCACCGUGUCCGCCGUCGUGCUAGCUGCUCCCGUGAAUGAUAGAGAAAAUGUGGCAGGAUCUGUCGAAACUAAACGGACUAGUAUGGUUUGCCGAUCCCUACUCCUCAAGAUCAAGUUGCUGAUUGCGAAUAGUCCAGCAAAGAUGGUGCCGUCGCGUUGGCAUGCCGUGCUAGUCAUGUCUUUUUCUGGCUUUUUGCUAGCAUCGGCAGCUAGAGACUUGAAUCACAACUUGGAUUAUCACCUUUUUUCAGCGAAACACGUUAUGUUUUCAACGUCCCGCCCGUCUCUGGUCGAAAAUAUCGAUGCUAGAUCUCAAAUUCCACCUCGAUCCCGUCCGAUAAUGGUGGAGUCCGUGGUGGUCAAGAGCGAUUGGUGGGCCCUAAACGAAUUCCUCUGGCCGCCAAGGCCACCUGCCUAA